AUGGAGCAAAUCGAGGAAACACAGACGCUUAACAAUUCCAAUUCAGAGUCGACCGCGUUACGGGCACGCGUUUGUCAAUUUUACGAAAACAUUUCAUUACAGAUAAUGGGCAAAUGGUACGUCGUAGAAGUGCUGCAACACAAGAUCGACCCCACAAAGCCAGUGAUGACCAGCAAUGUCGUUGACUCUUGUCCGAUUGUGAAGUUGAAGCCGUUUGAACAUUCUUCGUUGAAACUAUGGUGGAGUGAGGAAUCUGGAGACCUGGAAUAUACCUUCCGGAUACCAAAUAUUAGCACGAAAAAAGGCUUAUGGCGAAACAUGUACUUGCAGAACGGUACCUUGGCGGAGAGGCCAAACUACAUGCAGUUCGCUGGCACCGUGCACGUAAUGAAGGCCGUCGCCUCGGACAUGGUGUUGACUUUCUGCUCCCGGAGUCCCAACCAUCAGCUCUAUUCCCUCCUAUUGUCACGCGAGCACACUCUGCAGAAGAGCGACAAACGAGGCGUUCAUAAUCUCCUGGCACGCCGCGGCCUGAAGAUCAUCGGCAUUCGCGAGACUUGCGUGAACGGUGGCGCCAGAUCAAGACGGAGCGCACUCGAUGUCGUCGCCUGGGUGACCCUCGUCGGCCUGCUCUCGUCGAGCGUCCUCUUCAGAUCCUGGCAGUAGUGAAAUCAGACGGACGAUCGAUCGCGAUCUCGAGACGCUCAGAUCAUCGGAUCGCGCCCGACUGUGUCUCGGACUAAUUAAUGCGAUUAUACUAACACUUUGGAUGCUGCCGCGCGAAUAAUCUCACAAUCAGAACAUUACGCCGAGUUAAGGAAAUCCGUCGACUGCACUCGACGUACACGUGUUACGUUAGUUAUGUAUCUAACAAUAAGAUGUCUUCGCGCCGAAUUAAAUAAUAAUU